AUGAUCCCGCUCACUACAGAGAUAACCCCGCCCACUUCUACUCCCACCUCAUGGUUGAGUCACUAUCAUCAGCGCUCACCUUACGCCAUCGUCACUGGUAGUAGUUGGAACACCCACUACGGAAACUGGAAACAGUUGCCCUUUAGCUACGGUCCUCGCGAGUCAGAUAUCAGAAGACGCCUUGAGCAUAAUCUUUGCACUAAUGGUAACCGGUUCAAGAACCAUGAGAAAGGAGAUGCUGCUGAGGCUUGGUUCAUGACAAUGCCGAUGCCGACCAAGGAAGAACGAUGGGUUUGGAUCGAUGUAUCUUUCACACAGAACAGAACCGUGAGUAUCUGGCGCGGAGGCUCGUCUUUCUUAGGCCACGAGACAACCACUGCCAGUGGCCUCGGUAUCUGGCGCGAACAUACCAUCGGCUUCGACAUCACGGGUCUGACGGAACUUCUGAGCUGCCCUCGUCAGUUCCGCAAGGUAAACCCUUACGAAGCCAAGUUCAUCAAGCUUGUCCAUCGUGAUACUAUCAGAACUGUGUCUGUUACCGACUCCUACCGUGAUGCGUACGACUUUAGCUGGAUUACCAUUGGACGAGCGCACAGUGGCCUGGACAUUGAGUGGGGCAAGGGUGAGAAGGGAAGUUGGUUCGAGGAUUUCUUCAAGAACGCCGUUGCCUUCGGUCUAGGCUUUGCACCCGGCGUUGGACCUCUUCUCUCCAUCGCAUUUAGCCUCGGGUGGACAGCCGUCGUCAACCCUGAUCGGCUCAUGUACGAGCUGAGCCUGUGGGCACCGUCAGUCAGAACCCCAGAGUUGUUUGAGGAAGACGUGCGCAAGAACUCGGCUGAGAUCCGGGCGCUUACCCAUGAAGCCUUCUGGAAUAUGGAGCCUGCUGAGGCUCUGGCUGAGGCUAAGAAGCUUGGGGCGAAGGAGCAGCAGAAGAAGAAGGUUUCAGGAGAGGUUAAGUCUUACUUUCAGCUGGCGCAUGAAGUGCUUCGUGUUGAUGAGGCGAAGUAUGAUAAGGAAGCUGGGGCUGAUGAAGAGCCUGGCGAGGUUCUCGUCGAGGUGCCUCCUCAAGAGGAUCCCACUAAUGGUAAAGCUGCGGGAGACAAGGAGUAG